UCGUCCUCCGGAAGCCACGCCCCUCGCGGCGGCGGCGGCGGAGCAAGAUGGCGGCGCUGGGCUCGCUGGGCGGAGGGAGCGGCGCGCAGCUCGCCGCCGGGACUCCUCUCUACGAGUCGUUUUACAAGCAGGUGGAUCCAUCCGGGACGGGAAGGGUCGGGGCCGGCGAUGCCGCGCUCUUCCUCAAGCAGUCCGGCUUGCCCGACGCCAUCCUCGGGAAGAUUUGGGACUUGGCCGAUCCGGAGGGAAAAGGAUUCCUGGACAAGCAGGGCUUCUUCGUGGCGCUGCGGCUGGUGGCCUGUGCCCAGAGCGGCCACGACGUGGGACCCGCCAGCCUCGGCCUGGCCUUGCCUCCGCCAAAAUUCCACCACGACAACACAAGCCCGCUGCUGCUGCCCCCGUCCUCAGAGGCCCAUUGGGCCGUCCGGGUGGAGGAAAGAGCCAAGUUUGACGGCAUUUUCGAGAGCCUCCUGCCCGUCAACGGCUUGCUCUCGGGAGACAAAGUCAAGCCGGUGCUGAUCAACUCCAAGCUUCCGCUGGACGUCCUGGGGAGGGUCUGGGACUUGAGCGACAUCGACAAGGACGGCCACCUGGACAGAGACGAGUUUGCCGUGGCGAUGCACCUGGUCUACCGGGCGCUGGAGAAGGAGCCGGUGCCCUCGUCGCUGCCCGCCUCGCUGGUCCCGCCCUCCAAGCGCAAGAAGGGCGGCCCCGUGGCCUCCUCCUUCCCGGGGGCUGUGCCCGUGCUGCCCGCCAGCCCCCCGCCCCCCAAGGACAGCCUGCGCUCCACCCCGUCCCACGGCAGCGUCAGCAGCCUCAACAGCGCCGGGAGCCUCUCCCCCAAGCACGGCCUCAAGCAGGCACAGGCCCCGUCGUCCAACUGGGUGGUGCUCCUGCCGGACAAGCUGCGCUAUGACGAGAUCUUCCUCAAGACGGACCUGGACCAGGACGGCUUUGUCAGCGGCCUGGAGGUGAAGGACAUCUUCAUGCACUCGGGCCUCUCCCAGAACCUCCUGGCCCACAUCUGGGCCUUGGCGGACACCCGGCAGACGGGGAAGCUGAACAAGGACCAGUUUGCGCUGGCCAUGCACCUCAUCCAGCAGAAGGUCAGCAAGGGCCUGGACCCGCCCCAGGCGCUGCUCCCGGACAUGAUCCCCCCCUCGGAAAGGACCACCCCGGUCCAGGACAGCUCGAGUUCGGUGGGAUCCGGGGAGUUCACGGGCGUCAAGGAGCUGGAUGACAUCAGCCAGGAGAUCGCUCUCCUCCAGAGGGAGAAGUAUUCCUUGGAGCAAGAGAUCCGGGAGAGGGAGGGGGCCAUCCGCCAGAAAACCAGCGAAGUCCAGGAGCUGCAGAACGACUUGGACCGGGAGGCCAACGGGCUGCAGGAGCUGGAGGCCCAGAAGCAGGACGCUCAGGGCCGGCUGGAUGAGAUGGACCAGCAGAAGGCCAAGCUGCGGGACAUGCUGGGCGACGUCCGGCAGAAGUGCCAGGAGGAGAGCCAGGUGAUUUCGUCGCUGAAGCUGCAGAUCCAGACGCAGGAGUCGGACCUGCAGUCGCAGGCGGAGGGCAUCGGGCAGGCCAAGGCCGAGCUGAGCCGGCUGCAGGAGGAGGAGACCCAGCUGGGGCAGAGCCUGCAGGCCGGGAAGGUCCAGCUGGAGACCAUCAUCAAGUCCCUCCAGUCCACCCAGGAGGAGAUCAACCAGGCCCGUAGCCGCCUCUCUCAGCUCCAGGAGAGCCACCGGGGCCUGGAGCCCUUCCCCGAGGGGCUGAACGGCAUCCACCAGGGAGGAGGCAGCAUGACCAACCUGGCCGACCUCAGCGAAGGCCUCCCGGCACCACCGCAGCCCAAGGAGCGGCCCAGCUUCGGCGCCCUGGAGGACCCUUUCCGGAACAAGGCGCUGCUCUUCAGCGGGGCCGGCAUGGGGCCCCCCGACCUGCCCCCGGACCCCUUCCAUGCCGAGGACCCCUUCAAAGGCAGUGACCCCUUCCAGAACGACCCUUUUGCAGAGCAGCCCCCGGCACCCUCAGACCCCUUUGGGGGAGACCCCUUUGAGGAGAGCGACCCCUUCCGGGCUCCGGCGCCCGAGGACUUCUUCAAGAAGGCCGAGAGGAGCGACCCCUUCACCUCCGACCCCUUCCUGCAAAACAACCCCACCCUGCCCUCCAAACCGAACUUCUUCGAGAACGACGACCCUUUCCUGUCCUUGAGCAUGGCCUCUUCAAAAGCCCCAGACCCCUUUGGCACCUUGGACGCCUUUGGCAGCAGCGCCUUCAGCGGAGGAGGAGGAGGAGGAGGAGGAGGCGAAGGCUUUGCAGACUUCAGUCGGAUGUCCAAGCCUCCGGCCUCGGACCCGUUUGCCUCCUCGGUCCCUUCCUCCUUUGGGGGUCCGGCCUUCCCCGAGGACCCUUUCCGGAGCCAAGCGGACACUCCCGCCCUCCCGCCAAAGAAGAACAUGCCUCCCCGGCCCAAGCCCCCGCCCGGCGGUAAAAGUCCUCCCGUAAGCCAAGCGGGGUCUUUGGCCAAGCCCCCCGACCCUUUUCAGCCGUUCGGGCCCGACACCGGUGACCCUUUCCAGAGCAGCAAGGGGUUUGGGGACCUAUUUAGCGGAAGAGACCUCUUUGGGGCUCCUCCUCCCCCCCCUCCCUCCUCCUCCUCCUCUUCCUCCUCCUCCUCCUCCUCCGCGAGGAAGGCUUCCAAAGAGCCCGCGAGGGGCUUUGCGGACUUCGGCACACUUGGCAAUGAGGAGCAGCAGCUGGCAUGGGCCAAGCGGGAGAGCGAGAAGGCGGAGCGGGACCGCCUGGCGCGGCUGCGGAGGCAGGAGCAGGAGGACCUGGAGCUGGCCAUCGCCCUCAGCAAGGCCGACAUGCCCGCCUCGUAAGCGCCCCGGACGGAGACGGAGAAGGCAAGGCACGGCCGCCGGCCCCUGGUCCCGCGACUCCGACCCCGGCUCUCCCGUUUCCCGUUUCCCGUGGUGUCCGUCCGACCGACCGACAGACGGGCGGGUGGGCCUUCGUUCGUGCAGCGGGCGAGUGCACGGCUUCUGGGACCGGGACGGACUCUGCCUGCGGUGUUGCGGGGGACGAUUGCCGACCACCAACGUGUACGGUACCGGACUCGAAUUCUCCCCCUUGUAGUGGCAUCUACUAAAUGGGCAAAACAGCAGCUCUCUGCUUCUUCCCCAAGGGGCCCCUUGUGCAGACCCUACCUCCCUCCCCUCCCUUCCUUCCUUCCUUCCUUCCUUCCUUCCUUCGUUCCCUCUUCGGCUCGAGUUCGAGUCAAGACUGAAGUGGUUCGCAAACUUACUUGUGUAGAGAUACAGUUGUCCUAUUCCUAGCUCGUAUACAAAAUAGAACAAUGGUAACAGACAAAAUAUAAUCCUUACAGGCGCAUGAGGAAUGCACAAAUGAAAACUGUUUGCAACAUUACAUCAAACAUUAUAUUCAUGCUUGUAUAUUUUACCAUAGUAACAGAUAAGUAUAUUCUGUCCAACUUUUUCCUCACUCCAAACUCCAGUCCUCACUCCAAACUCCAGUCUAGGAACUGGCCAGUCUAAGAACUGGUCAGUCUGGGCCCAUAACCAAUUGUCAGAGUAAUUUGCAGCGCAGCAGUAGUUGGAUGGAAUCAGUGGAACGCAGAACGAAGUGACACCCAGAGACUUUGGUAACAACACAGAACUGAUGUAAUCAGCAAUGCACAAACACUUGUGUCUGGACACUCCCCAGUUCCAGCCACCAGAACAGCAGGUCCAGUCUGGUCAUGCUCGCAGCUCCAACUUUUUCCUCACUCCAAACUCCAGUCCAGUCUAGGCUCUGGCCAGUCUAGGAACUGGUCAGUCUGGGCCCAUAACCAAUUGUCAGAGUAAUUUGCAGCGCAGCAGUAGUUAGGUGGAAUCUGUGGAACGCAGAACGAAAUGACACCCAGAGACUUUGGUAAAACUAUGGUCAAGUUUUACUGUAAGCAGUAAUAAAGACAAACAGACUCAAAGACAAUGGACACAGGACUUGACUUCUGAGGAGACAGCCCUCAACACAACACAGAACUGAUGUAAUCAGCAAUGCACAAAAACUUGUGUCUGGACACUCCCCAGUUCCAGCCAACAGAACAGCAGGUCCCAUCUCUGGUCACACUCGCAGCUCCAACUUUUUCCUCACUCCAAACUCCAGUCCUCACUCCAAACUCCAGUUUAGGCUCUGGUCAGUCUAGGAACUGGUCAGUCUGGGCCCAUAACCAAUUGUCAGAGUAAUUUGCAGCACAGCAGUAGUUGGAUGGAAUCAGUGGAACACAGAACGAAGUGACAACCAGAUACUUUGGUAACAACACAGAACUGAUGUAAUCAGCAAUGCUCAAACACUUGUGUCUGGGCACUCCCCAGUUCCAGCCACCAGAACAGCGGGUCCCGUCUCUGGUCACACUCGCAGCUCCAACUUUUUCCUCACUCCAAACUCCAGUCUAGGAACUGGUCAGUCUGGGCCCAUAACCAAUUGUCAGAGUAAUUUGCAGCGCAGCAGUAGUUGGAUGGAAUUAGUGGAACGCAGAACGAAGUGACACCCAGAGACUUUAGUAAAACUAUGUACAAGUUUUACUGUAAGCAGUAAUAAAGACAAACAGACUCGAAGAUAAUGGACACAGGGCUUGACUUCUCAGCAGACAGCACUCAACACAACACAGAACUGAUAUAAUCAGCAAUGCACAAACACUUGUGUCUGGACACUCCCCAGUUCCAGCCACCAGAACAGCGGGUCCCGUCUCUGGUCACACUCGCAGCUCCAAAUUUUUCCUCACUCCAAACUCCAGUCCUCACUCCAAACUCCAGUCUAGGAACUGGUCAGUCUAGGAACUGGUCAGUCUGGGCCCAUAACCAAUUGUCAGAGUAAUUUGCAGUGCAGCAGUAGUUGAAUGGAAUCAGUGGAACGCAGAACGAAGUGACACCCAGAGACUUUGGUAACAACACAGAACUGAUGUAAUCAGCAAUGCACAAACACUUGUGUCUGGACACUCCCCAGUUCCAGCCACCAGAACAGCGGGUCCUGUCUCUGGUCACACUCGCAGCUCCCAACUUUUUCCUCACUCCAAACUCCAGUCCUCACUCCAAACUCCAGUCUAGGCUCUGGCCAGUCUAGGAACUGGUCAGUCUAGGAACUGGUCAGUCUGGGCCCAUAACCAAUUGUCAGAGUAAUUUGCAGCGCAGCAGUAGUUGGAUGGAAUCAGUGGAACGCAGAACGAAGUGACACCAAGGGACUUUGGUAAAACUAUGUACAAGUUUUACUGUAAGCAGUAAUAAAGACAAACAGACUUGACUUCUCAGCAGACAGCACUCAACACAACACAGAACUGAUGUAAUCAGCAUUGCACAAACACUUGUGUCUGGAUACUCCCCAGUUCCAGCCACACAUCAAGGUCAUCACAGCUUCUCAGCAAUUAACUCUUUCCAGACGAUAUUACACUCUGGAUGAUGCAACCAGUAUGCAGUACAGGCAAGACACAAAUUUCAUUUAAACACUAUCAAUACACAAACCCCAUAUGAACAUAUUAAGUGACUGAGUUCAACACUUUGAAUUUCAGUAUUGUCCCACGCAGAUAAAAGUCUUAGGAAUGCAGGGUCAAUGCAAUAAACAACUGAUAAUUUCUUCUGUAUGGGACAAUGACGAAUUUAGAUAAAUUCCACAAUUUACAGAAGAAAUUAUCAGUUGUUUAUACUGAAAAAACAUACAAGCAUGAAUAUAAUGUUUGAUGUAAUGUUGUAAACAGUCUUCAUUUGUGCAUUACUCAUGCGUCUGUAAUGAUUAUAUUUUGUCUUCUGAUGCUUCAGUUAUAUUUCAGUUAUAUUUUGUCUGUUAUCGUUGUUCUAUUUUGUAUAUGAGCUGGUAAUAGGACAACUGUGUCUCUACACAUAUCUAUAGAUUUCGGUGUUCUUUAGUGUCACAAACUUACUUGGCCUACUUUUCCCCUUUCCAGAAAAAAAUAUUACUCGGCACCCUGGAAAUUAAUUAUUUUUAAAAUUUUAAUAGCAACUAGCUGUGCCCGACCACGCGUUGCUGUGGUGAAGUAUGGUGGUAUGGGAAAUAAAGUAUUGAGGAAUUGGUGGUAGUUAAGGUAAAGGGUCCCUCGGGCUGAGUGGGUUGCUAGGAGACCAAGUGAGUGGAGCUUAGCCUUCUAACUGGCAGCAAUUGGAUAAAAACAAUUAUUCCUCUCCCUCUAAUUAGGACUUUAUUUUUCUUUUAUUUUCGUUGUAUCAACCUAGAGGCAUGGAUGAGGGGUUGUGCUGUCAAUUUUCGAGGUUGUGGGGUGUUUACUUUUGUUGUUUUGUCCGCCACCGCGAUGCCAUCACUCUUUUAUAUAUAUAGAUUAAACAGAAAGAUUUAUGAACCUGUGGCCAUCACCGCUCCCCUGGAUUGCUGCAGCGCCCACCAGGGGGCGGUAACGCCCACUUUGGGAAUCCCUGCACGCGAGGAUGCACCAAGAAGGAGACUGACUUGUAUACUAAAGCUAUCAAAUAUUAGAGGAAUUGGGGAACGCCAAACGCUUGCGGCAAAUACAAGAUUGAUGGGCCGAGCGCCGAGGCGAGUUCCAUUUUUGGCCUAUAAUCAUAAAAUAAUAAUGAAACUUUGGGUUGCUGUGAGUCUUUUGGGCUGCCUGGCCAGAAGCAUUCUCUCCUGAUAUUUCGCCCACACCUAUGGCAGGCAUCCUCAGAGAUAGUGGGGUUUAUAUAUAUAUAUCCCUGUGGAAUAAUGUCCAGAGUGGGAGAAAGAAAGAACAAUCUGGCUCCCAGUAUUUUUUUUUAAAAAACUCUAUAAAAUCAGGACACUCUGAAAACAGAGAAAUUCCAGACAUGAAACAAUCAGAGCCAGCUAACACCGCCACCUCCCAACAAAGGAUUCCCCCAGGCAGGAAGAAACCAGGCCUUGAGGCCAUGAAAUGAUAAUUAAGAUGAUUAAUUACAAUAAUAAUAAUAAUAAUAAUAAUAAUAAUAAUAAUAAUAAUAAUAAUAAUAAUAAUAAUAAUUUUAUUUUUAUACCCCGCCCUAUCUCCCCAAAGAGCAAUAAAACAGAUCCAUCAACAAUAAAAAAAAAACAAGUCAUAAAAAUCACAUAGAAAAUAUACUGAUAAAAUCUUGGAUUAGAUCCAAAGAUUAAUUACAACAUCCACACCUGCCUCCAACAGACAAGAGUUCUUUUUUUCCCACCCUGGACCUUCCACGGAUAUCUAAACCCCACGGGCCUGGUUCCCAACAGACCCCACAACCUCUUAGGAUGCCUGCCACAGGUGUGGGUGAAACGUCAGGAGUGAAUGCUUCUAGAACAUGUGCCAGACAGCUCGAAAGACUCACAACAACCCUCUAAAAACCCUGAUAAAGGUAAAGGUUUCCCCUGAAGUUAAGUCCAGUUGUGAACAACUCUGGGGGUUGAUGCUCAACUCCAUUUCUAAGCCGAAGAGCCGACGUUGUCCGUAGACACCUCCAAGGUCUGCGUGGAGCGCCGUUACCUUCCCGCCAGAGUGGGGUUAGUGGAGUUAGUCCUUCUGGAAAGCUUUUUGGAAGAGCCAGGAUUUCAGUUCCUUACGAAAGUUCCUUCCAAAUCAUCCCUAUACGUGGGGAGAAUCCUUGCAUGCCUUCUUCCUCGUCGUCGCCCACAACCGGUGAGAAGUGUCCGCGCAGUGUUGGCAUUGCGGCUUGUCUGUCUGUCCGUCCAUCCACCCCAAAAAAACUCUCUCUCGACACCCAGGAAAUCAAUUACAGUCCAAGACCAUGCAGAAUAUAAAAUUGAGCCCUGAGUCUGAGUAUGCUCAGUACAAUCCUAUGCGGAAUAUAAAAUUGAGUCCUGAGUCUGAAUAUGCUCAGUACAAUCCUAUGCCUAUAACUCCUCCCACACCGAAGAGGUCCAGUCUAACUGGCAAAUCAACAUACACAUAGAACAGGUAAAGGACAUGCAGUCUAGUUAACGAUCGUUAACCUGUUAACGAUCCUCGGGAAAGGGAGUGACUUUGGGGUUUUCGAAAACCAAACCAGUGCCGACUCAUAUCGAAACUGCGUGCGGUUGAGGGUGUGCUGGGCCUGCAGGCAAACAAGCCCGAGGAAGCCAGAGAAUCUCAGUCUUCGCCGGGUUCACCUUCAGUCUGCUAGCACGUAGCGAGUUCGACAGGGCCUCCAGACAUAAGGUGAAAUUGUCUGGUAUUGACGUUGCUCCAGGCUCCAAGGAGUUGGGUGUCGUCCACAUAUUGAUAGCAGUCUAGGCCGAAACUCCGAGCCAAACUAGCAAGGGGUCUAACGUAGAUGUUGAAGAGAAGAGGGGAGAGAAUUGCACCUUGGGGUACCCCACGUAGGAGGGGAGAUCUGUCAGAGACUUGAUCCAUAUACUCCACCCAUUGGCUCCGGUUUCGCAGAAAUGAGUUGAACCAAUUGAGGGCCUGACCACAAACUCCGGACAUGGCGAGACGGUGGAUCAUUAGAUCGUAAACUUCAGCCCUCCUGGUGUUUUGGACUUCAACUCCCACAAUUCCUAACAGCCCUGGAUAUAGGAUGAUCAUCAGAUAGCUCGAUAAUCAUCUAUCUCUCUGUCUAUCUAUCUGAUGAUCAUCCUCUAUCCAAUCAUCUAUGUAUGUGUUGGUCAUCCUAUAACCCAUCAUCCAUCUCUCACAGGCAUGGACAAACUUCAGCCCUCCUGGUGUUUUGGACUUCAACUCCCACAAUUCCUAAAAGCCUUGGAUUCAGGAUGAUCAUCAAAUACCUCAAUAAUCAUCUAUCUCUCUGUCCAUCUAUCUGAUGAUCGUCCUUUAUCCAAUCAUCCACCAUUCCCAGUAGAGGGGAACUGGGGUUACUGGGUCUCAAGCAAAGGAUGAUGGGAGAUGUUGGAGGCCGGCAGCACCUGCAUCCUGAAAGGGGCCCCAUUGCCAGGCGUGGGGUGCUGCAUCCCGUUGUGCUGCAACGACCAAACCUUACCUGGACCCCAGCUGAGCCUCUCCUUGAGCUCUUCAAGUGUGCCCUUUCUCUAUCUGAUGAUCAUCCUCUGUCCAAUCAUCUAUCUUUGUGAUGAUCAUCCUGUAACCAAUCAACCAUCUAUUACAGGCAUGGGCAAACUUCAGCCCUCCUGGUGUUUUGGACUUCAACUCCCACAAUUCCUAACAACCCUGCAUAUAGGAUGAUCAUCAGAUAGCUCGAUAAUCAUCUAUCUGUCUGUGUCCGUCUAUCUUAUGAUCAUCCUCUAUCCAAUCAUCUAUAUAUGUGAUGGUCAUCCUAUAACCCAUCAUCCAUCUCUCACAGGCCUGGGCAAACUUCAGCCCUCCAGGUGUUUUGGUCUUCAACUCCCACAAUUCCUAACAGCCCUGGAUAUAGGAUGAUCAUCAGCUCGAUAACCAUCUAUCUCUCUGUCCAUCUAUCUGAUGAUCAUCCUGUCCAUCUAUCUGAUUAUUGUCCUUUAUCCAAUCCACCAUUCCCAGUAGAGGGGAACUGGGGUUACUGGGCGUCAGGCAAAGGAUGAUGGGAGGUGUUGGAGGCCGGAAGCACCUGCAUCCGGAAAGGGGCCCCAUUGCCAGCUGUGGGGUGCUGCGUCCCAUUCUGCUGCAACGCCCAAAUCUUGCCUGGACCCCAGCUGAGCCUCUCCUUGAGCUCUUCAAGUGUGCCCUUUCUCUAUCUGAUGAUUAUCCUCUGUCCAAUCAUCUAUCUUUGUGAUGAUCAUCGUAUAACCAACGAACUGCGUCCCAUUGUGCUGCAAUGCCCAAAUCUUGCCUGGACCCCAGCCGAGCCUCUCCUUGAACUCUUUGAGUGUGCCCUUUCUCCUUCCUCCAUGCCUUUCCUUUUUGCCUCCUUUCUCGUCUUUCAAGGGGAACGGAAAGGGUGGGAAGACAAGGGGUCCUGCUGCUGCUGCUGUUAGAAGGGAUCUGGUUAGGAAAGGAACGGGGUCAUUUCUGUACAUGGCUGUAUCUAUAUUUAUCCUCGAAACUAUUGCCUGGGGAGCAAAGUUAUGGGCAUCGGUUGGGGGGCCAGGGUGGGAAGAGGCUGGGAGGAGGGAAGGAUGUUGAGUUUUAACCCAUACUCUCUCGUGUCUAUUAUUGUUUAAUAUAAGAGAAGAAAAAUGUUAUCGUUUUAAUAUAAUAAAAGGAGGAAAAAUACGUUACUUAUUUUGGAGCA